GCAAAUUAUCCCAAGCAAAAAUAAUAAAGUAGCUGGCGCUGGCCGUAGAUGCCAAACUCAUGUUGGGGGCGUUAGAACUGAUUCCUAUACUCUAAGAAAGCGUCCCCCAAUUUUCUCUCUCUAGAUCAGCUAUGGCCGCCCCGGCUACGCUCCCGAUCUCCAAUCCCCAAUCGGAAUCCCAGCCACCGAUCGCCACCCCCGCUUUCCGCGCCUUUCUCUCCCGCCUCAACGCCACCGUCCGCCACGGCUUCUCUCAGCGCCGCCCCUGGUUGGAGCUUCUCGACCGCUCCUCCUUCUCCCGUCCUGACUCCCUCGCCGAAGCUGCCUCCCGCAUCCGCAAAAACUUUUCCUACUUCCGCAUCAACUACAUCUCCCUCCUCGCCCUCUCUCUCGCCUUCUCUCUCCUCUCCCACCCGUUUUCCCUCAUUGUGUUAUCAUCCCUCCUCGCCGCGUGGCUCUUUCUGUACUCGUUCCGUCCUUCGGAUCAGCCGGUUGUGGUUGCGGGCCGUACGUUUUCUGAUCGCGAGGUUCUGGGCAUUUUGGUGGUGUCUACUAUAGUCGUGGUGUUCCUAACCAGCGUAGGGUCGCUGCUCAUCUCCGCCUUGCUUGUCGGCCUUGCUGUGGUUUGCACGCACGGUGCUUUCCGCAUGCCUGAGGAUUUAUUUUUGGAUGAGCAGGAGCCGAUUAAUUCUGGGUUUCUCUCGUUCCUAGGUGGGGCUGCCUCCUCCGCUGCGGCUGCAGCUGCUCCUGCUGUUGCCACGCGUGUGUAACUCAGUUGUCUUCAGAUCUGAUCGGUUUUAAUGGGAUUCAAACCGAAAGGAUCUAAAUUGUAAGAUCUUUGGUUGAAUGGUUUACAAAUUUUUACUUCAUUCUUAGCCUUUGACGAUCCGCAGAAGAUUUAUUGUGAUAUCUUUGGUUCGUGCUUCAAAGUGGCUGGUGACUGAACAUUUAUUGUGAUAUCUUGAAAUAUUGAAUUGGCUUAUAGAGUGCAAUUCAUUUUUUUCAUUUUCUCUCGUGUAAUUAAGCUAGAAGGAAGUGGGAGGGCAUUAUAUGACAGACACUGGAAAGUUUAGGGGACACAGGAAGUAGGCGGGUUUCAUGUUUGUAGAAUGUUGUAAAAGUAAUCUAGCAGUUCUGUAUUUAGGUCUGGAUUUAGAGACCCAAGAAUGAUGGUCGAAUCCUGUGCUGCCUCGUAAGCUUUAUUGGUAAA